GUUCCUUUGUACAGCAAAUUCAGCUUUCUUGAUCUGCAAUGGCAUCUGCUGACGUUAUUCAACUUUCUGCCGAGAAAUAUGACCAAAUGGAGUCGCUUUUGUGCAACACCUCCGGAAAUGUUCCUUUAAGUGAGCGCUUUAGAAUUUUGUUCACUUUGAAGAACAUCGCCGACGACAGAAGUGUUGAGAUCAUUGGCAAAGCUUUGAAGGACGAUGAUUCUGCUCUGCUUAAGCACGAAUUGGCUUAUUGUCUGGGUCAAACUGGUAACUUGACCGCCAUUCCAACUCUCAACCAAGUUCUUCAAAAUACCACCGAACAUGAAAUGGUUCGCCACGAGGCCGCCGAAGCUCUUGGUGCUCUUGGUCAACUUGAUUCAUUACCCAUUCUGGAGCCUUACCUUCAAGAUCCAAGUACCGCUGUGGCGGAGACAUGCGAGUUGGCCAUUGCCAAGAUCAAAUACGACAACGACCCAAAGAACAAGGAGGAGAAAGAAAACAACAAAAGUGCCUAUUCAUCUGUUGAUCCUGCUCCUCCUUCAGUAAACACGAAGUCCAUCGCCGAACUUGGAGAGGAAUUGGUUAACACCAAAUUACCACUUUUCGAGAGAUACCGCGCUAUGUUUGCAUUGAGAGACAUUGGCAACACUGAAGCAGUAGAGGCAUUAGCAACAGGAUUCGAUGACAGCAGCGCUCUUUUCCGUCAUGAAAUCGCUUAUGUUUUCGGUCAAAUGCAACACCCUGCUUCCGUCCCAUCUCUAUCCAAAGUCCUCAAGAGACCCGAUGAGAUUCAUAUGGUCAGACAUGAAGCAGCUGAAGCUUUGGGUUCUAUUGCAACUCCUGAAGUGAUGGAUUUGCUAAAGGAAUUUGAACAUGAUCAAGAAAUUGUGGUCCGUGAUAGCGUUAUUGUUGCUUUGGACAUGGCCGAAUAUGAAAAUUCUGGAGAACUCCAAUAUGCUGACGGUCUUCAGAAAGAACAAGUCAUCUCACAUUAAACCUCAAUCUGCAUUUAGAAUGAAUUUCACUGUACAACUCCCCUCUCUAAUAUGAUCUUUUUGGUUAUGUUUUUAAAUAAUGUAGAAAUAAAUUUGUGUUCGCUAACAAUGGUGCGAAUUUCCCUUCUUGC